AUGAGCGACGAACAUCUCCAGGAGGUGAACGAUCCCCAUAGAUCCCCCUGGUCGUCCGUAACACGAAGGCUCUACCUGAAUAAUUGUGAGGCUCGGGUGGAAAUCUUGAAAGAAAUCAAACGCAUGACAUAUCUCGACGGAGACACCACCAGUUCCUUAUCCGACGACCUCCAUACGCCUUACCUUUGGGCGGCUUGCAUGAGUACCGACUUAUCCGAGCUUGAGAACUUCAGGGAUACCCUGAAAGAGUCGUCCAUGGAAGAUGCUGGCCCGUCUCUGAUGCAAAUCAGCGCAGCGGUCCAACAACUUAUUGCAUUCUGUAAUGCCAAGUCUCCACGAAGAGAAACGGCAACGCGCAGUUCAGGAAGCACUACCAUGAAGAGCAGCAAUAGCCCACGACCGCUCUUAUCACCUGUGCAGAAUUCUCCUGGGAAGGCAGGCUCCGGAGGCCGACAGCAGUCUGCGCAAUCUAGUUUACCAAGUUCGUCGGGCAAUCAGGAGAAGUACAGGAAUGAACGAGCGGUCCAUAUGGCAAAGCAGCGGGACAAUGGGACAUGCCCUUUGCUGGGCACCAGAUAUUGUGAAGCUGCUCAGAUCUACCCUUUUGCCUCCAUCGAGAAGAAGGGCAUGGUCGUGACGAGCGUGCACGCUCUAAUAAAAGUUUUCGGACGGGGGACAGCUCAAAGAUUCACUGAUGCUCCCAGAAUGGUCGACCUGGACUCUUGCGCCAAUCUGAUCUGCCUGGACCGUAUUCCGCAUCGAAUGUUUGACGACGGUCGGCUAGCACUGCAGCCAAUUGAUAGAGGCACCCGCCCGAGCAGCGACCACUUCAUUCGCUUGCGCGUGCAUUUGCUGCAGAGGCAACACGAACCACGCGCAUGGAGGAGCGAUCUGGCGCAAGAUCCCUAUGAAUUGCUGAGGGAUUUCCAGCUCGUCGACGACGAGCCUCAAGAAAUUCGCCUCGUUUCUUCAAUGACUCAGCGCGAAAUUAGUGAUGGCCACGAGUUCGAUAUCACUGCAAAGACGCAAAAAGAUCUUCCAAAUUGGAACCUCUUGGAUCUCAGGUACCGCAUUAGUCUGAUGAACCAUUUGAUCAGAGUUGCCGGUGUUUCGGAUGAGGAUAUUGAUGAAUCCGAUGAAGACGUAUCUGAUGAGGAGCUCGAAGAUAUUGAUGUGAUUGAAGGUGCCAUCAGCAAACGGGAGGAAAUCGCGGAACAGAGGUCGAAAGAAGUGGAUGAGGAUAAUGCUGCCUGA